CUGCAGUGCCUGAGUUGUCCACCAGGGGACUGGCUGAGGACUGACGCGGAGCUCAGAGCUCGGACCGGGUCCUGAUGGAAGAUGAACCCGCCUCACGGAGCCGGUUCUCCGCGUCAUGACGGUGGGAGGAGGCGCUGGUCCCAGUUCUCCUGUUGGCUGGAGUGUGUGUGUGUCGUUACCUUCGACCUGGAGCUCGGACAGGCUGUGGAGCUGAUGUUUCCUCCAGAUGUGAAACUCACUGAGAAGGAGAAAACCAGUAUCUGCUACUUGUCCUUCCCCGACUCGUACUCAGGAUGCCUCGGGGACACUCAGUUCAGUUUCAGGCUGCGUCAGUCGGUCGGUCGCAGAUCUUCACGAGUCAGAGACGACGUCUACAACCAAGAUGCUCCUGUCACACUGCAGAGGGAAGCGUCCCAUUUCUUUGGGUACGUCUACUUCCGACAGGUGAAGGACGUGUCUGUGAAGAGAGGAUACUUCCAGAAGGUGACCUCUGUGUUCCAGUCCCUGGUGCUGGUGUCCAGGCUUCCCUUCACUCACCUGUUCCACUCGCUGCUGCACAUCAUCGCUCCGGAGUUUUUUGAGAAGCUGGAGCCGAGUCUCGAAGCAGUUUGUAAUGAGAUCGACCAAUGGCCUUCGCCCACACCUGGCCUGACUCUCAACCUGCCUGUGAUGGGCGGGGCCUUACAGGUGAGGAUUCCUUCCAAAACAGACAAACCAGGUGGAAGUCCAGUCAGGCACAUCACGACAGAGAACGUCCUGCCGGCGCCGACCCUGCUGCCGACCCUCCACGAACUGGACCUGUUCAGGAGCUUCCAGUCGCUGCUGGUCCACCUGCAGAUGAUCUGGGAGCUGACCUUACUGGGAGAGCCGCUGGUUGUCAUGGCGCCAUCUCCCAACGUCUCCUCGGAGACCGUGCUGGCGCUCGUCAGCUCCAUCAGUCCUUUGAAGUUCUGCUGCGACUUUCGACCUUACUUCACAAUUCACGACAACGAGUUCAGAGAAUACACAACGAGGACGCAGGCGCCACCUAACGUUCUUCUUGGAGUAACGAACCCGUUCUUCAUCAAGACGUUUCAGUCGUGGCCUCACAUCAUCAGACUGGGAGACGUCAUGACGACAGGUGAUUUACCCAAACAGGUGAAGGUGAAGAAACUCUCGAAGUUAAAGAUACUCGACACAAAACCAGGGAUCUACACAUCGUACAAGACAUUUCUUCACAAAGACAAAAUUCUGAUUAAACGACUGCUGAAGGGGAUCCAGAGGAAGAGGCCGUCAGAGGUGCAGAGCGCCAUCUUGAGGAGACACCUGUUAGAGCUCACUCAGAGCUUCAUCAUCCCUCUGGAGCGAUACAUGGCGAGUCUGAUGCCUCUGCAGAGAUCUGUGACACCCUGGAAGACGCCUCCUCUGAUUCGACCGUUCAGUCAGGACGAGUUCAUGUCGACUCUGGAUCACACCGGACCUCAGCUGACCUCGCUGCUCAAAGGUGAUUGGACAGGACUGUACAGGAAGUUUUUCAGAUCUCCGAACUUUGACGGUUGGUAUCGCCAGCGCCACAAAGAGAUGAGUCAGAAACUGGAGAGUCUCCACCUGGAGAUCAUCUGUGACGCUGACCUGAUCGGUUGGACCAAAGACAAAUCUGAGGUUGAGAUCGUCGACCUGAUUCUGAAGCUCAGGGAGAAACUGAAUAAAGCUCAAAGGCAGCAGCUGCAGAUGAAGGAUGGAGUUUUUGAAAAACUGGACUCUUUUGUAAACUCGAUCAUCAGGACACUUCCUGAAGACCUGCACACAGUCCUGAGACCUCAUGAGACCACCUGAGACCUCAUGAGACCAACUAAGUCUGCCUGAGACCAAAUGUUUAAACAUCAGACCACCUCAGACCGCAUUAGACAUCAACACACACUACACAGAGGACACACUACACCGAGGACACACUACUCUGUGGACACUACACUGAAACAGUAAAUGUUCUUUGUGUUCUCUGGUUGUGUUUCUGAUGUUUCCACAUUAAAAAUGAAUCAGAACAUC